AUGGUAAACCGUCCGUUGACCCGUGAUAAUUUCCACGUUGCGAUAGUAUGCGCUUUACCACUCGAGACGAACGCCGUUCUAUGUUCUCUAGACGAAAUAUGGCACGAUGCCCCCCAAUACUACAAAAAGAGCGAAGGAGACCAUAAUGCCUACCAUUUUGGCAGGAGUGGAAGCCACAACGUGGUUGUGGUCACCUUACCUGGCGAAGGGAAAGUAAAUGCAGCCGGUGCUGCUCAAUCACUGAAAAUGAGUUUCAAUUCUAUCAAGCUUGCUCUGCUUGUGGGUAUCUGCGGUGCAGUCCCCUUCAAGAAAGAUAGAACAGAAAUAAUUCUCGGUGACGUGGUCAUCAGCGAGGUCAUCGUGGACCUUGAUCAUGGCAGACAAUAUGCGGGAGGUUUCUGGAGGAAAGAUACACUGUUGGACGUUUAUGCUCGGCCCAACGAGGAGAUUCUGGGGUUGUUACGUACCUGGAAAACUGCGGUAAUUCUGGAAAGAUUGAGACAGGGGACCAAGGACCACCUCACAACUCUAUUGAACAAUCCGCACUUGGAUGCAUGGUAUCCAGGUGUCUCAGAAGACAAACUAUUUCGAUCAGAAUACGAGCAUAAGCACCAUACGAAUUGCCUGACUUGUUAUAAUGGAGCUGCCUGCGACAAUGCUCGGACAGCUUCAUGCACCAGUCUUUCAUGCGAUAAAAAAGCACUCGUACCUCGCCAACGAUUAGGUGAGUCAUUCAUCUCAGAGUUUGAGAGUCCAACUCCUUUCAUACAUUUCGGAUCCAUUGGUACCGGAGACUCCGUCAUGAAGUCAGCUCGACAUCGAGACAAUUUUGCAGAUACUGAGAACGUCAUAGCCUUUGAAAUGGAAGGUGCUGGAAUCUGGGACAAAUUCAGCUGUCUCAUUAUCAAAGGUGUUUGUGACUAUGCCGAUAGCCACAAGAACAAAAGGUGGCAAGCUUAUGCAGCUGCUGUUGCAGCUUCGGUUAUGAAGGUAGUCCUGGAAUAUUACGUGACUCCCCGGAGAGAAUCGGGAGCUGAAAUUUCAAAUGGCACGCAUAGCCCUCAAGCUUUAUUUGACAACAAGGUGAAAAGUUUUGAAAGACGCUUCAAUAAAGAACAGUGGGAUGCUUUCAAAGUUUCCAGUGCUGGCUCCCUGAAAAGACUACUGAAGAAAGUUCAGGAUGAGCAAAAGGCUUCAAGAUCAAUACAGAACAUGAGACGAAUGGAGUAUUUUCUCAAAGCUGCUGAAAGCCUAGAUAAACUUAUGGAAGAAGUCCUCAUAAUGCCAGGCUUCAUAUGCUAUAUCUGGGGCCCUGCCAAGCUCCUACUUCAGAGAGCAAAGGAUCAUCCAGAUCGACUCGAGGCCUACCUAACUGCAUACGAGAGAAUUGGUGCGAAUCUCCCAACGUUUGAAACCAGUCGCAACACCUUCAAAGAAAAUAUGGGACUGCAGAGUCUACUUGCAGAGGUCUUUGACAAUGUCCUUGACUUCCAUCAUAGAAUGACUAAACUAUACUGCGGCAGAGCACUCAAGGAAAGCUUCAAAUCACUCUGGAAAGAUUUUAAUCAUCGUUUUGAACAUAUUCUUUAUCAGCUCGGCUCACAUAAAGUGCUGAUAGAAGACGAGACUAGAAUACCGGUCUGCUCCUUCAGAGACAUGGCCGGGAGCUCGAAACUUAUCCUCGAUCAUAUUCGACGAAUGAGAACAGAUGCUUUUGAGUUUGAUAGGAAGGAAAGAGAAAGACAAAAUAAGAUCCACGAUGAAGUCCUUGGCUGGUUUUCAUAUUCUCGGAAUCACUCAGAGAGCGACAAAGACGAAAGUGAACAUGGCAGAUACUGCGACGAUCGAAAACAAUAUUCCAAUACUGGUGACUGGAUCCUGAGCCAUGAGAAAGUCCAAAAAUGGCUAUCUCCAGACGUACAUCAUUCAAGCCACUCUAUGCUAUGGAUAAAUGGUCGUCCGGGCACAGGCAAAACCUAUCUAGCUUCAAUCAUGAUUCAAGCUUGCAUCGAAGAUAACACCAGAGCGACAGCCUACUUCUACUGUAGUGAAAAUAUGGAACGCAGAGCCACUGCUAUUGCAGUGCUUCGCGGUAUUCUUUUCCAGUUGGAACUCCAUGACCCUGAGUUAGCUCCAUACUGCCACGAGAAAAUGAAGACCUCUGAUAGCACAAUCUUGUCGUCUUUACAAAGAGCAAGAGAGAUUUUGGGGGUCUUUUGCGAAAGGAGCCCAAAGUUAUAUAUCAUAAUUGACGCCGUUGAUGAGUGUGAAUCUGGUGAGCAGGCAAAGAACCUGCUGAAUAUUUUCAAAGAUUUGACUCAGAAGUGCGAUAACCAUUCGCCUGGAAAGCUUCGCGUUCUUUUUUUCAGUCAACCAACUUCCGAGAUUAGGAAUGCUCUCUCGUCUGCUGAUACUCUUACUUUAACCCCGGAACUUACUGUCAACGACAUUCGAAAAUACUGUCAACACAGAACCCGAGAAUUGGAAAAAUUUGAAUUCGGCAAUGAAGAUAUCAAAAAUGUGGUAGAAAUAAUCUGCACGAGAGCGGAUGGGAUGUUCUUAUUUGCAAAACUGGUCAUGAACAACCUGGCCAAACAACCCAACCUGGCAAGUUUUCGCAAUGAGAUUAUUAGCACAAGGCUGCCAAAUGAAAUUGACCAAGCGUAUGGUCGGAUAAUGGAGCGUCUCCGGCGAGAACUUGGUGAGGGGCAAUUCGAGUACACGAAGCUGUUGCUCGGGUGGUUGGUCUGCUCCAAAAGACCGCUUAAAUGGACAGAGGUUCAAUCUGCAUCCUCAGUAGAUCUCGAUGUAUGGGAUGGUUUCAAUGAAUUGAACAUGGAUUUCGAGCUACGAGACAAUGUACACAAGCUCUGUGGGUCUCUUGUUCAGGUAUUUAAAGGAGAUCGAGUCGAGCUUGUUCACAGCACUGCAAGGAGAUUCAUAAUUGAGAAAAGUGGCAUAGAUAUACCUGCAGCAGAAUGUGAUCUGACCCUCCGAUGCCUGCGAUAUCUCACGCUGAACGUUUUCAAGCCUGAUUUAAGAGACGAGGAUCUCAAAUUAUAUGCACUUAGUGGGGAUUUUGCAUUCCAAGAUUAUGCAGUGUCUACGUGGUUUAUGCAUAUUAAGACAAUGGUGGAUACAAACCUGGGUCUCAUGAUUAGGGACCGAUCCUCGGACUUCGAAGCUCAGCUCAAGAGAAUCUACCAUGGGCUUGGUCAUUUCGUACAAUUUUAUGAGGAGAGCUUUCAAGAUAAGAGUAUACAACAGCAGGCUUAUCAAGACUGCGAGGUCUUUCAACAAUUCAACUUCCAUGCCGAUCUCGUCAGGAUCUGGGAACACAUUCGUUCAGAGCAAAGCAAGGAUCUGGUAGCUCGAAACAAUGUGAGCAUUGAUCUACUUAAAAGGGCACUUACACGAAACCGCGAAUUGCUCGAAAGGCUGAGUACAAGUGAAGAAGUCGACGUGUCCAAAAAAUACGGUGAUUGUAUCUUCCGAUGUCCAAAAGUUCUCUGCUUCUUCUUUCACGAAGGCUUCAAGACAGCUCAAGCCCGCGACAACCAUGUGAAUCGCCACGAACGACCUUUUCAUUGUACAGUUGAGAAUUGUACUACAGAAGGAUUGGGUUUGGCAUCAGAGUCUGCGCUGCGGAAGCAUCUAAGAACGUUCCAUCCGGAGCAAUGUGACUUGAGUGAAUCCUUCACCCGGUUGACUAGAAGAUCAACGAGUCAGGCACGCUGGAAAUGCCAUUUCUGCUCUAAGUCCUUCGUAAGAAACCUCAUUCUGCAGGAUCACUUGUUAACUCACGAGGGCAAGAAGCCAUGGGCGUGUUCAGAAUGCGGCAGGCCAUUUACCAGAAAGUACGACAUGACAAGACAUGAAAAAGUGCAUGAGAGAAGACGCUAG